AUGCGGCUCGUCUAUGCGGCCCGCCUGCUCAUGCACGAGGCGUUCAAGGACCCUGCCAACCAAAGGUUCCUUCUCGUGAGCGAGAGCGACCUGCCCCUCUUUGAUCCCGUGACCAUGCACUAUCAGGCCAUUUCUGAGUCGCUCUCCCGGAUAUCUGCAUGUCCGAGCUCCUCCGUAGAUAGGUAUAGAUGGAACAAGCGACUAAAGUCGGCGGUGCUGAAGACGAGUCACUGGCGAAAGGCCUCCCAGUGGUUCGAAAAGUACUGCUACCCGGGGUACGACCCCUCUGUGCACCGGACGCGGAGCUGCUAUGGCGACGAGCACUACAUGCCCACGUUGUUGGCAGUGCAUGGGCUGCAGCAGUCGGAAAAUUGCGAUGUUCGAGGGGUUGCUGCGGCGGAGUGGAGAGGAGGAGCCCAUCCGGUCACAUACAAAACCGCGGACUUGGAGCCCGACCUGAUCCAUCAGAUCCGUACCAAGUACGACCAGUGUCCGGUGGAGGAGACACGUGCCAUUGCGCGAAGGGCAUAUCUCACAUAUGAGCGAGACGAGCCAGACAGGGAGUGGGACUGCGGCUUGCUGGCGCCCCAGUACUAUCCCAUCAUGGACCCCCUUUGCAGCCUGACCAUGCGCAAAGUCAGCAAUGAGUCGGCCUCGCAUGUUGCUGAAACCCUCUUCCGACGCAGCUGCGCGAACGGACUGGGCCUCAUCGCACCAGCCUUGUGCGAUGCUGGGCCUGAAGCUGACUGA